AUAACCGAAUGAAUGAAACGAGGAUAUGAAUGAAGUUUUUCUUAAAUUUAUACGUAUUUAGCGAAAUAUCAAUGUUAUUAGUUAUUACACGUGCAUUUGUAUUUUAAUUAAAUUAUACGAAUUUCUAUGAUUCUCCUUAAAAAUGCAACACGACGAUGUUGUAUGGGCAAUUAUCAACAAAAGACACUGUUCGCACAAAGUAACAACUAAAACUCAGCAUUUUUGUCGCAAUGAAUAUAACCUAACCGGACUGUGUAGUAGGGCUUCGUGCCCUCUUGCUAACAGUAAAUAUGCAACUAUUAGGGAGGAAAAUGGCAUUAUUUAUUUGUACAUGAAGACAGCUGAAAGAGUAAUGUUUCCAGCCAAACAGUGGGAAAAGGUGAAAUUAUCACGUAACUUUGAGAAGGCAAUAUAUCAGAUUAAUGAGAACUUAUUAUACUGGCCUGCUUUUAUAAAAGCAAAAUGCAAACAAAGAUUUGUCAAAAUAACACAAUAUCUUAUACGAAUGAGAAAAUUAAAAUUGAGAAGAGUUAAAGAAUUAGUUCCAAUACAACGUAAGAUAGAAAGACGAGAGAGAAGAAGGGAAGAAAAAGCAUUAGUAGCUGCAAGAAUAGAUAAUGCCAUAGAAAAACAACUACUUGAAAGGCUAAAGAAGGGCACUUAUAAUGACAUAUAUAACUUUCCUCAAAUGGCAUUUGAUGCUGCACUCCAAGCGGAAGAGGUAUCUGGUGAAAGUGAGAGUGAAAAAGAGGAAGAAGAUGAAGUUGAGAUGGAAAUGGAGCCAGAACUGGAAAAGGAAUUGGAGAAAGCUGUGGAGGAGACAAAUGAGUUUGUUGAAGCUGACAGUGAUAUGGACAGUGAUGAGGAGAGUGAUUCUGGUAGAAAAGAAAAUGUGGACGUUGGAAGUGAUUUUGAAUCAGAUACAUCUGAUAUUGAGGACGCAGCUCAAAAUAUUGUGAAUAGGAAGAAACCACGUGUAGAAAUCGAAUAUGAGACGGAAUCGGUAGUAAAUGUUUCAAAAAAGAAAAUAAAACACUGAUAUAAGUGAA